AUGUCUGCUAUCCAAGCCCAAAUCGACCGGGGCGCCGUGCCUAACCAUGUCUCCAAUGUCUGCCCCAAAGGUACCAAAUUUCACGUCCUCGAGGUGGGCUGGCUCGAGUGUGACGAGGCUUUCGUGGUUCGUGGCGGGAACACCAGCCUCAAGAGCACCGAAAAAAACUCCUUUGUCAACAAACGGAGAGAGCUGCCCAUGUACUGUAUCCUUAUCGAGCACCCACAUGAGGGUCUCAUCCUGUGGGAGACAGGGUGUGGCAAGGACUACCCGGAGAUCUGGGGUCCCGUGCUCUCUGACCUGUUCUCGCGCGUGCGCUAUGAGCCUCAACAUGAGCUGAAGGCUGCGGUAGAGGCCACUGGAAACAAGCUCGAGGAUAUCAAGAAAAUCAUCAUCGGUCAUCUCCAUCUCGACCAUGCGGGAGGAUUGGACGAAUUCCUCGACAAAAAAGACGUUGAAAUUUGGGUCCACGAUCGGGAACUCAAGUCGGCUUUCUGGUCUGUCGCGACGGGUGCAGAUGUGGGUGUCUACAUGGAACAUUACCUCAAACUGAGCUUGAAUUGGAAAACCUUCGAUGAGCGAACGUUCGAUUUCUGCCAAGGUAUCACCUUGCACCACCUCCCAGGACAUACUGACGGAUUGAUUGGAAUGCAAAUCAAUAUGCCCGAUAGUGGUACGUUCUUCUUCAUCAGUGACCACUGUCACGUUAUCGAAAAUUGGCGCGACGGUAUCCCUCAGGGAUGGCUCGCCAGAGAUCACCCAUCAUGGUUCCAGAGCACUCAACGGCUGAAGCAAUUGGAGAGGACGACCAAGGGUAAGGUUAUCCCAGGCCAUGACAAAGGAACAUUCGAAGAGUUGGUCGCCAAUGGGAACACGUAUACCUGA